GGGUUAUUGUGUGCAUGAUGCAUAAUAAAAUAUUUAACUGCAAGUUACAUGAGGUUCCCUAUAGUUAAAGAUUCAACAGUUAUUUAAUAACGCGAGUCUUUAAACCACCGAUUGCUAUACCUAUACAGAAUACCCAAUAACAAGUACGUCUCUGGUACUUCUUACUCUCGAAGAGUGGAAGUGGAGAGAGCAAAAGGUAUGUCGGUUUUCAGCGGCUAGUUCUUACAGUGCUAUGUACCGGUGAACAUUAUUCGUAAUUACUGUUAUGAUUAUACAGGGUGUUUAGUGUUUAUUCCAAAUCAACAAUGGGAGCGCUCUGGCCGCCCAAAACAUGGGUCUGUUUGGCGCUAGUGUUGUGCAUUUGGAUUCUGGAUGUUAAUGGACAUGUGGCGUUGACGUUUCCGCCAGCUAGAAAGUACGAUUUGGAUUUCUUGGAUAGUUCGCGGACGAAGCCACCAUGUGGAAUGCCGAAAGGAAGUAUAAAAACUACCCUAUUGGAAGGUAGUAAAUUCAACGUUACGUGGCACUUAGGAUACCCGCAUAGAGGAGGAUUCAAAAUACAUUUACUAGACGAAUUAGAACGGCCUCUUCUAGAUUUAACCCCGACAAUACAAGGCUCAGAAUUCGUUGCAGAUGAUGCCACGGCUCAAUCAUUUCACGUCCAGUUACCCUCGCAUUUCACUUGCGAAAAUUGCACUUUAAGACUGUUAAGACAAGCGUUGGAAUGGGGAGAGAGUUACAGGUUUUGGUCCUGCUCCGAUGUCGAUAUUGUACCCAGAAGGAAAUUUAGGGAAACUUGCAGUGGCCAUGGGAAAAAUCUCGUUGGAAGAUGCAAAUGCGACAGACUCUAUUACGGUGAAGUAUGCCAGUAUAGAGACGAAUGCGUUGAAGAUAGCGAUUGUGGUGAUCAUGGAAAAUGCGUGAACAUUGGCGGUACAACAUCACCAAGGCAGCAGUGCUACUGUCAAUUGGGUUGGUUCGGUCCAGGAUGUAUCAAAAGAUCUGCAAUAAAGACUACCGACAUCGAUUUCGAAUUAUACACCGAGCGCAGAUUAAGCCCUACGUUUAUGCUCUAUUGGAGGAUAUUGAAAGAGCAUAAAGAAAUAGAAGUAGUUAUGGUCGUCAACGGAACCAGUUAUGCAGGUCUAGGAUGGCGGCCUCAAUCGCUCACGAAAAGUUGCAAGAACUUUCCUCAAAUCGGUCCCGCAACUCCUGUUGCUGCCGCUAAAUCUAAACCUGAGCCUCAAUCCGAGCCUGAGCCUACUUCAGAACCAGAACCGAAGUCAGAACCGGAACCGAAAUCGGAGCCGGAACCGAAAUCAGAGCCGAAGCCAAAGGCGGAACCGGAGCCUAAGUCAGAACCGGAACCGAAGUCUGAACCAGAACCUGAACCCAAAACGGAACCAGAACCAACAACCACUCAAGCGACUAAAUACAGAAAAUCUUUGUAUUCGAGAAGAUCAGCUCAAGGGCCCAUUUUAAGGAAAGCAGAAAGUACACCUCUACAUAAUGAUGUUGUUGAGACCAGUGUAUCAUUUCAAGUUAGCAGGAAACAAGGUCGCAAACGCAGAGCAACUAAUGAAUCAGUACCAGAACCCACAGCUGAACCAACAACUACCCAAGGAGCAUCAGCUGAACCAUCCGCAGAGCCAGUACCUUCCCCAGAACCCGAACCUAAAGCGAAUAUCGCACAAAAUGCCACAAUAUCGACGGCACUCCCUUCAUCUAAAAAUCACUCCCAACCUAUGCCGAAGCACCAACCAGAUCCUAAAUCCAAACCAGAACCUGAACCUAAAUCUGAGCCAGAACCUAAAUCCAAACCGGAACCCAAGUCGGAGCCAACACCAAAACCUGAGCCUAAAUCCAAGGAAUCAAAGCCUAAAUCCGAGUCCGAUCCUAAAUCUGAGCCUGAACCUACAUCCGAACCUGAACCCAAACCCAAAUCCGAGCCUGAACCCAAAUCCGAGCCUGAACCCAAAUCUGAGCCGGAACCCAAAUCCGAACCAGAACCAACAUCCGAACCUGAACCAACAUCCGAACCAGAACCAACAUCCGAACCGGAACCAAAAUCCGAACCAGAACCAAAAUCCGAGCCUGAGCCGAAAUCAGAACCGGAACCUAAAUCAGAGCCCGAGCCUAAAUCCGAACCUCAACCUAAAUCCGAGCCUGAACCUAAAUCCGAACCAGAACCAAAUUCGAAAAUUAUAGAAAAAAACGCAAAAAUUCAAGUUGCGCCAGUUGGAAGUAGUGCAGCGAAAGAUGAACACCUAAAUCCGUUUACUCCACGCCACGAUUUCAAUCCCAUGGAUUGCACCGAUAUGGUUAUCGGUAGCGCAAGAGGCAAUAACAGCAGGAUUGCAGACUAUUAUACUCGAGACAGAUCAACGCCCAGGAUGGAUUCCUUCUGGGGCGGCAAGAACGAUUUAACCACCGCCAUAGGUUUCGAAAAGGACGGCGUAACGACGAUCCUGUUCAGGAAAAAGCUGGAAGCAAAGGAACCUUCCGAUCAUUCCAUAGAGAACGACUUGAUGCAAGUGAUAUUCGCGCAGGGCCAGGAGCAGGGCAAAUACGUGCACGUUCCCAAAUCGGGCGUCGAAUCGGCCGAAGCGAAAAUCAAAGAUUUUUACAAACCAGACGAGCUCAAAUAUCACGGCCACCAGCAACAAAGGGGCGUCAUCUCGUUGAACUUCUUCGAUGAAAAGAAGCAAGUGGAAGCGGCCGGUCCGGUGGCGACGAGCGACACCGCCGAGACUAGAGAUUGCGGGGGCAUAUGGAAAGUACCGCGCAAUUGCGAUCCGGACAAUUUCACCUGCGAGUACUCCGCCCAAUGGGAGCUCAUACCGCGUAAGGACGCCAUCAAAUUCACGAUAACUACCAAGCAUACUGACACGUGGACGGGAAUCGCGUUUUCCGAUAACGAAAGAAUGUCUCAAACAGACGCGAUCUUGGGAUGGGUGGACAAGACUGGCAGGCCUUUUUUGAUGGACACCUGGAUCUCCGGCUACACUCAACCGUUGCUUGAUAUGUCUCAAAAUAUUUUCAAUACUUCAGGGCAGAUUGUUAACGGCGUUACGAAACUGUCGUUUACGAGGAUGAGAACCACCGACGAUCCUAAGGAUUUCUCGUUCACCGACGACAAAUGUUUGUUCAUGAUGUUCCCGGUGAGAGGAGGAGCGUUCAAUAGCGUCAAUAAGAAAAUCAGAAAGCACGAAGUGGUACCAACAGUUUCUACGGCGAGGAUUUGCAUUAAAUCCUGUGGAAAUGAUGACAGUUUCGACGAUUAUUUAACUUCGACCGAAGCUCCCGGAAUCGGUUACAACGUGAAAGUGAAAUUGAUCGAUCUAGGAGAAAAUUUCAUCGUCCCUAAAGAGGGAACGUUGCAAUACGAAGAACUCUCAAAUUCCAUUGAAAACAGCUUCGCACCUGUCUUCAAUAAACUCCCCGGUUACAGGAGGGUAGUACUAGAUAAGAUUGAUAACGCAGAUGACAAUAACUUGGUGGCCUCGAUGCAUUUGCAAUUGGAGAAGCCCGUUACCGAAAAAGGCAGAUCGCUAACUCAAGACGCUUCAGAAAUGGACGAAAAAGUGCACAAAAUUCUGCAAGACAGCGUCAGUUCCGGCAGGGUGGGCAAUUUGAAACUUGAUCCCCAGUUCCUCGUCUUCGAACCUCAAAGCCUGACUUCCAAUUUGAUACCGGAUGCAUCGACAACGAGCUCCAACGAUAACGGUUUCUUCAACCUAACCGAGGCGAAGCUCUACAUUGUGUUGGGCUGCAUAGCGGCCUUAGCCUUCGUUGCCAUUGUACAAGCCGGUUGUACCAUUUAUAAGACCAGGAGUCGCUCGUCGGCCAAUCACAAGGACCACUUGAUACCCAAUUCGGCGUGGAAAGACUACUCCUCCAAUACUAACUACGCCUUCGACGCCUUCGAGACUCCUUCCACCGCAACCUUGGAGGAGAAGAAGCCGCCCAGCACCGCGAACGGCAACGGAACCAACGGCACCAGCAAUAAACCCGUCAAACGGCACAUACAAAGACCGAAUUCGCGACCUCCGAGCGUGCCCAACGUGCCCCAGGGCGACACCAGGUCGCUGCAGAGGCCCAGAAUGAACAACUAUCCCCCUUCGAACAUGGAUCGCAACACGUUUUCCCUUCCGAGGACGGUCUACGAUCGGAAUCACUACAGGCAGGGCCCGGAGAACAUGCAACCGGCCGAUUUCUACUUCAUGCCGUCGCAGAGGAAGUAUUCAGGAGAGGUCGUGAGAGUUUACGUCGAUUAUAAUAAUCAGCCCAAGUAAUCGACGACUGAUUUAUUUUAAAACGGACAGUUUGUUAGAUUGGAGACGAGAUUAUACAGUUAAAAAUAUGCCGAUAAACUUUUUUUUAUGUAAAUAGCGAAGUUUACCUCAAAAUGAUCGGUUUUAGUAUAUUACUUACACGUUAUACUCUUAUACAUGAUAUUAUUUGUUUAAAAUAGGAUGAGACGUGUGUUUCUCACUUUAAUUGUUAUCUAUCUUGAAGUAUAAUAUAAAUAACUGUUUGCAAUACUCACCAAAAAAUACAGAAUAUUUCUGUUACAGUUGCAAACAGUUCAUUUUAUGAGCGGAAAUAUACAUAUAAUUUAUGUCCUAUUAAGAGAGGACCAUCCACUCAAAUAGACAUCACAAUACAGUACAAUACACUCUAUUAAAAAAGAUUUCUGAAUACCUAAAAUAUUAUUAGCAGAUAAAUUAUGUAGUAAUUUUUUUUUUAUUGAAUAUUCAGAUUUCUGGUUAAGAGAACCUACAUUUUUUAAUAAUAAUGUAAAUGUCUAAUUGCAUGAGUCAUACUUCUAUGCUAAUUAUUAUUGUACUAUUGUGGCAAAACCGUUUUGAUAUUUCGGUAAUACGUAAUUAUUAUUCUACAAAUUUAAAUGAUUCUAUGUUGUGCGUUUUAUGGGUGUUAUAUUUUCUAGUCUAGCUUAAAAAAUAUUUUAAUAUAACAAAAAUACAAAAUUGUCGCGGUUUUUUUGAAACAAAUUGUUGCAGUGAAGUUAUUUAUUGUAUUUGUACAUAAUUUCUAUAUUAAUAAAAUGUUUAUUUUUAAAUUAAGGGUUGAACCGAUAGUAUUUUCUUUUUCAACAUGGUUUACAUGUUAUUUUUCAAUUAAACUCGGUUUAAUAUAUUCUGAAUAUAAUUAACUUUUUUAUUUUAAAAGCCAAAUAAUUGUGUAAAUAUUUUGUAGUCUAUUUCGUCGUAUUUUCUGUACUUUAUUCUAAAUUUAUAAUAAAUACCUACCUAAUAAAUAUGUAUUUUUUGUACUGAAUAUAUCCAAUAUAGAAUUCGAGUAUUUUAACAACAAAAUAAAACAUUUAUAGAGAUCUGGCAACAUUUUUAUUGUAUUUUUAGUUAGAUGUGAUGCUUUAUACAGCGUAGUUACAUAGUAACAACUGUCAGUUUCUACUUAACACUUACAACUAAAAAAUUCUACAACUAAAUCGUCAGUGUGCUUCGUGAAAUGAUAUUAUAAUUAUUAUACAGGUAGUUCCUUAUUCUGUCAACUUUUAGAAAAUAUUAGGUGCCUAGUGAAGAUGCAAAAUGUUAUUAAAAAUGUGUCACCGUUUUUAUUUAAUCAGUAAUAAAUAUCAUUGGCAAGAAUUUAAUUUUUGCGGCUUCAAAAUUUUACCAAUAAUUGAAAAUUAAUAGGUAUCAUUUUUACAUCGCUUUAUUAUUGAUAAAAUUGAUUCCAAAGGCAAUAUUAUCAACUAGACACUUUAAAUUUUUAUCACCUAAUAUACUCGUUUUCGAUCUAGUAGAUAGUUUGAGAAUUUGAAGAAUUCUAACGAGGAACUUCGGAAAAAUAAGUAGUUAGGUAUUUCGAAAUUUUACAAAUUUAGCGGUGUGGUGUUUGCUCUAAAAUAUUUUUGGGUUUCUUCAAAUUGCUCAAAUUUUCAGUUCCACUAGUUAAAAUUCUUAUCGUUACAAAUCAGUCGAAAAUAAAAAAAUAUAAAUAAAAUAUGAAUUGUACUAAAUCAGAUAUCACUAUAACAAAAAAUUGGCAAGUCUCUAUAAUAAAAAUAAUUAAUAAAUUAACAUUACAAUUUUCAAAUUCUAUGCAUUCAGUUAUGCAACUAAUUUAAAAAAAAUAUAAAGAGAAAUUUAAUGUAUAAAAUUUGAAAAGAGUGAUAAUUAAAGCUUAAAUAUAUUAUUCAUUGAAUAAAUAUGUAUAUUUAAUGUAUUCCACAAAUCUUGAAACUUAAAAUUACAAGCAAAAUUAUUAUGUAUAAUCUAUAGAGAGUGGUUAACUCCAAACGUUUUCAUAACAUUUCAGUACAUAUUUAGUAUCAAUUAUUGUUUUAGAUAAUUGUAAAUAGUUCCUCAGUUCUAGUGAACAUUUUCUACAAACGUUGAAAGUUAACAAACACUGCUAUCAUCAUUCCUAUACCAAAUAAACUAUUAGACAAUAGGAUAUUCUAUUUAUUUUUAAUAUUAAGUCUUGGACGACAGGCGUUUUUUUCCCAUUUAAUAAAUAUGUGGCAUCUACUUCUAGAUUAUCACAGUUCUAUACAAAAAUCAAUCAAUAAUCGGGAAACCAUGUUCAACACACCUCGAUAAUCGUUCCCAAUAAGGUACAAAGAAAAUUUUUCAAACUCCUCAAAACAUUGAAAAGACCCUUUUGUACAAUUAUCAUCGUCUACAGCUCAAAAGAGCUUUAAAUAUUAUUGCACGUUGACCCUAUGUACUCCUAGUUUAUUUGGUAAUCUCUCCGAAUAGUUUCAUUGUGUAUUUAUUCGUAAAAAUAAAACAACGAUAAUAAUAAGAACGAUUCCAGGUCGGUACAAUACGCUGCUCGAUUAAAUCAAUAAAUAUUUUGCAAUACAAUACAUACAUAACACAAAAAAAUAGCAAGAAUAGGCACAAUGAAAAAUAUGUAUGUAUAUUCAAUCGAUAAAAGUUUAACGCAAGAAUGAAAGCAGACCUUGAAUCGUUCGGUUUCAAUUCGCUCAAUACGUUGAGCUCUAGACUCGCCUCUAAAGACGCAAGUUACCUCUAAUAUGAUCCUAUAUACCUAUAUUAAUAUAUUACAAAACGCAACAGCCUCUCUUUGACGACAAUGGCGUAACUUGUAGUGACUAAAUGAUAUAUAAUUGAUCGAAAAUGAGGUUCAAAUUGACUCUGCUAGUUCGUCCAGUCACGCCAUUGUCCGUUAUUCGCGAUCAUCAAGACCGCGCUAAAGCGUUAGAAUUCAUUAAAAAAGUGACAAGUUUUUGACGACUGUAUUGACGAAUUUACGUUGAAAAAAAUCUUUAAACGUUAACAGAAAAGUCUCUCUACUUUUAUCGUCGAACUUAUCACCUUUUCGAACACGAUCAAGCGUGUAUUGUGUGAAAUCUGUGGAUUUGUACUGGAAGAAAAUUUUGGAAAUACCGGCGCAUUGUUGAAAUGCUCGUUUUAAUUAUAUAAUUAUUAUCUAUCAGGAUAAUUCGAAAAUACCAAUCAUACUUAGUACUAGGCACAUUCACACGUCGUAUUUUAUUUUAAGUUAUUUUGAUCCAUCUAGUUUGUCGUUACAUAAUAUGCAAUGCAUUUCGUUUUUUUUUUGUUGAAGAUGAAAGAAAUUUUGAAGAAUAAGUUGAGACAAGGUUUACAUCUACGAGCAAGUUUUAUUAAUAUUCAAUGAAGAGUUAAGAUUAUGCGUGGUUUUAGUUCGACUGUUACAACAGACAAAGCAAAAUUAAAAUUUGAUGAUAUAAACUUGCUUGAAUUAAACGAAUCUGUUGAUAGCUUUAAUAGGUUUGAGUAGAAGAUGCUUCUUAUCAAUAAAGUAGACAAAAUCGUUCUGCUAGAACCUUAAUAGGUAAUAAAACGGAUUUACACAGCUUCCAGUCGUAAUCCAAGUAUUGAGCCUCAUACUUAAUUCCUAAAUCUGAAAUAACCUAUUACAAGUAUUUUUUUUAUAAUUUUACUGUACCUUAAGUGUAACUAAUAAUAAUUUGAUCAUAAAAAUGUCUUGACUUGGUUCUGGGUUUCAAUUAUUAGAUUUAGAACAUUUUUCGUUUUACUUUUAGUGGUUAUGAUAUCACACUCAAAUCGACAAAAAACUGUUUUUUUGAGAUACUAAACCGACGAUUUUGAGCUUAUUAAAAAAACAAACAUACAUAAAAAAUUGUAUAGUAAAACAAAACAUUAAUUACCGACUAUAAUUCACUCUGGAUAAAGAUAAUACCAGUAAAUGUUUUAAAAAAAUCGAUUGAUUGGUAAUGUAUUAAAGAAAAAUUCGAUCUGUUUUCUUAAUAAGCUACCACGUUGUCCAACCGUCUCGUAAUCAUAAAACAACUUCGAAAUCACGCACUCGCGAAAAUUAAUAUAAAAAAACAGUAUUAUCAACAGGCACUUUCCAAUUCCUGGCUGCGCUUCCUGCUGGCUUGCCUCUUUCGAAAUUCGUUGAACUCCAACUUCAUAGCUUGUACUCUCGCAUCAAUAUUGUCGUAUCUGCUUCUUAUGACGUUGUAGGUCUUCCUUUGAGGUGGACCAGGACCGGAAGUAUCUAAAUCUACGUCUCUAGAUCCAGUAGGCGUCGAUGGUGUGGGCGUGGGGGUACUAGGAUCGAAUUCGUAGUGCCCGUCGACGCUACCCACAUCGACAGCCUUGUGAAGGUGAUCGGAGGCAGAGGGUGAGGAACUGGCGAUGUCCAGCCAAUGCCCGACAAGGGACGGCGGCGGAGGCGGCAGCAUAGACGACGGCACCGGCGGAGGCGGCCGGUACGGCGGCAACCCCCACCCUAUGAAAGUGCUGCCGCUGUGCAGGCUUUGGUUCUGUUGGGAAGUGUUUUUGCUUCCGAAGCCGCUGGAGCUCGACCUGCUUUCGGGCGAUCUAUCCAAGUGGUCCAAUUCGGGCGCGCUUCUGGCGAUCCUCGCGUGUCGAGGCGGCAGAAAACGAGACCCUCUGACCAGCCGAUACUGCGGAAUCGCCCUGGGGCUUUCUCUGAUCGGAUGCACCGGAAUAAACCCUUGGCUUUCUUCGUGUAUGGCCCUCAACGGAGGAAGUUCUUGGGAAUACCUCUCGUGGACCGACUUGAGUUGCAUGAAUCCCGGCGGUGUGGGAUAAGACCUUUCGCCGGAACUCGGAUACCUGACGGAACUCAGAUCACUGAAAUACAUCGGAGUCCAGGGCGAUAACAGAAGGCCGCUGGAAGUCGCAGGGCUGCUGGACAUGACUUGCGGAGUGUAAAUCGCUUGGGCGUGCUUCAGGGGUUGUUGCUGGUAGCCUUGGCUAAUGACGAACGCGGGUAGACCGGAAAUAGACUGUCCGGAAAUGUCCGAUCGGAGGCUCAAUUCGCUGGGGCAACCGACGAGCGGCCUCCUCCACGACGCUCUGUUCUUGAAACCUCUUCUCGGCAGGAAUCCGCCGUCGUCGCUGCUCGAGGCGUUCGACGGGGUGUCGGCCCGAAGGCUCAGAACGGAAUCGACCAGGACGAAGCGACCGUCCGCGGCCCUCGAUAUGCGAGCCAAGGAUUUGGAAGGGGAACCCGGAUGGAGGUAGUCUGGAUGCCAGGUGAGGCUGGAAAGGCUGCCGGAACGGCAACGGUCUCUCGGCCAUAUCCAAUUUGCGACGAAGGCGAGCAUUCUCAUACCUGGUAUUCGGCCUUUUCUAAGUCUGCACAAGAAAAAUCACAAUGUAUUUUCGCACCUACUAACACAGAUUUUUUCCACCGUACUUGAACUGUUUGAAUUGUUUGGUUAAAAUGAGUAGCUACCGUGGAAAAAAUCGUGAAAAUUUUUUAAGUUUAACAAAAGACAACGCAUGCAUUUAUGCUUUGGUAGAACAUCCAAUGACAAUGUGCUGCACACUUGCAUGCUACUAAAAUUCAACAACACUCGUGCUUGUUUUUACCAAACUAUUUCAAUAAUAAGUUAAUAUCGAAAUUAAUAAUGUUAAUAAUUGUAACAUUUUAACGAUAACUAUCCAGUUUACUGUCUUUUAGUUGAGCUAAUUACUAAUUUCGAUACGAUUUAUUUCAUAUUAAGUAGAAAAACAAUUUAAAAAUACGUCAAUAUCAAACAUUGAGCAGAAAUUAGGAAUCAUUUUAGGUAAAAUGCUGCGUAAUAUUCCAGCUGUUGAUAAAACUUCCUAAUAUACUCGAAACGAGAAUAAAUCACCUAAAUAAUAUAAAUGAAUCUGCGACAAAAGCUUUUACACAUCUCAAUAAAUAACAGAACACCGCCUUUUUAAGAAAUUUGCAUAAUGGACUCUGAAUGUGGCCAGUAAAUUUAAAAAUUUAUAAUUUUUUGAUGCAUAUAUCUCGAAAAAAGCGUGUCAUUAGCAUAGCUGUGCUCGGCAAAUAUAAAGAUAGAGCUAAUACAUGUGAAAGUGCGAACAGACGAGUGGGCAGUUCAACAUCCGCGAAGUUCUUCACCUUUUUUCCUCCUGCGCAGAUCCAGGUGGCAUGAAUUAAACAUUUUUCAAUGAAAUAAGACGUAUAGUAGUGUCACAUGUAUACAUAUUAUCGUUCGCAGCGUAAAACCCUUAUUUCAAACUACAUAUUAAUUUGCACUCGUCUCGAAUUUAACACGAAUCAUUGAAAAGGGAAUUAUGUUGCGAUGAUACCUGUUAAUUUAUUCAUAAGUGACACUAUUUAUUUUCACAGUAAAGGGUUUCUAUAUUUUUCAAAAAUACUGCUACGAGUAAUUUUUUGUUUUAAUAUUUUCUCUAACUUUUUAGUAGAAAAUGCAUAUUUUAGAGUCACAAAUUAUACAAAAAAACCGUGUCAGUUAUGAUUAAACAAACGUACAGGUGACCCUUCUAAAUCUUAUUGUUAGUGUAAUGCAAAAAAAUAACGAGCCUAAUUAAUUGAUUUGUUAAAUAAUGGGCGUUGAUUUAGUUGUUUAAAAAAUUCGUUAAGAAUAGGGAAUGUUUCUAAAAUUUACACCAAACAUGAACUAAUAAAAGAAAUUCUUCAAAAAAAUCGAGUAGAAAAAAUACUAGUAUUUUUCGAUCUACACCAUUCAUGAUGAUAGGUAAUGGUAGGAAUGUUAACGUAACGUAAAAAAUUCAAAUGAAAAAUAUCUAAUAAAUUCAUCACCAUAUUGAAUAUUUAACAGAUAAUUAAGAUUCAAAUCGACUAAUUCAAUUCACGAAUUCAAGAAAUUUAAUAGUACAUCAAUAAAUAAAAGAUUUUUUAUUGAAAUCGUAAAUCAUGCAACAGAUAAAAUUCCUUAGAAACAAGAACGAUUAAGUAGAUGAAAGAGAUGAGGUGCACGUGAAAAUUAAAACAUUAAGCUGCUGCAACAUUACGUUAACAAAACCCGCAUAAAGAAACAUCAUUUCGAACGAAUGCACCUACACAAAUAAAAAGUGAACGAACCUCUAGGCCCGAUCAGAACAUUCCAGGAACAAAUGAAGCACACUUAAGUGAGGCAUAAGCAACGAGUUCUCGCUCAUCCCUCACUCUACAUGUAUCUAGAGAAGAGUCUCGCUAUCCAGUGCGAUAGUACCUAAGCUGAUCCAGCGGUCAAAGUGAAAUGAAAAUUCUCAAAAUUAUUUUUAACUGCGUAUUCGUAUCGCAUCCGUUAACGAGAUCAAAGAGCCUGACGCUUACGGUUCGUGUCUAAACUUGUCCCAGGAAUUAUGAAAACGCUCUCAUAGUCACGGUACGAUUCGGUUUCAACCGUCCU